UUUACUUAAAUACCCUUACGCCUUUUCCGGUAUUACAUUUCUAUCCAAUUCCUUAGUUCCUUGGUUCACCUCCUCUUGUCAGCCGACUUAUUUUCCCCAAAAACGAACACUACAAAUACCCAGCAAAACCCCUUCGUCUUUCUCUGUCUCUCGAUUCAUUAUUCUUUAUACGUCCUUUCGAGUUUCGAUUUCUCUAGAACGUGAGCAACCGAUAGAUUAUUAGCCGUUAAACAUGGGUUUCAAAACAGUUCAUGGAAGCUUGAUGGAACUGUUUCCGCAGGUUGAUUGGCGCAUUUUAAAGGCUGUUGCUAUUGAGCACCCCAAAGAUGCUAAUGCAGCUGCUGAAUAUGUUGUUUCCGAGGUUCUUCCUAAUCUUCCACGACAGUCCAUUCAAGGUUCUCCUCAUGAGGACUGCAGUACAGGUGGUGUCGCAGGUGGAAGAAGUAAUAUAAUUGACGCUGAACACGAGGAACAAACAGAAUCAUCAACGCAUCAGGAUGUUGCUUUAGAUUUGCCAUCAAUAUCAAUACCAAGCGAGAGUACCUGUACAAAUGAUAUUACUAGUGUUGUCCAUCGUUCUGAUUCAAGUAAUCAAGAAAAGGCACCAAGUCCAACUGCAGUGUUACCUUGUGACUCAGAAGUUCAAGGUAUUCAGGUGCAUGGAAAUGUUGAAAAUGAGGAACUAAUAUUGUUGGUAAGGCCUCAACGCCAAGAAGAUGUCCAGUCAUCUGCAAAUCAGACUUCUGAACUCAUGUCAACUGCUUCUUCAUAUGAAGAAAAUACUAAUCUAAGCCAGGUAUUUGUUAGUACUGAAACUGAGGUGCCGGCUUUAUUGGGUAAAAGCCCAGACAUUAAUGUCAGUGUUGGGCAUGAGGAAACUUCCCAAUUCCUGCCAACUACUUGGAUGGUGAAAAAUGGUAGUUCUGGAGGCAGCUCGAAUGAGCAUCGUGGCAAGUUGAAAGAUAUUAAUGGUCUCUCAGCUGAUGAUUUUGACAUGCCUCAAUCUGGGACAUGUCCUCAUGUAGAGUCUGUAAAUGUCACUGAUAUUUUUCUCAAAAAUUCUGUCGUUGAAGAGACAACAGAAGUUGUUCAGGAUCAUCUUCAACUGGUGACUUCUGCUGCUCCUAUUGAUAGCUGUAAGACCUUGAAGUCCAAUGAGGACAUCAGAAUAGAUUUUCUUGAAGAUAUUGUUGAAGCUGCUAAAAACAACAAGAAAACUUUGUUUUUAGCAAUGGAGUCGAGUAUGAACAUGAUGAGACAAGUUGAGCUUCAAGAGAAGCUUGCAGAGCAAGCAAAAGAAGAAGCUGCUAGUGCAGGUUUGGAUAUUCUAAAAAAGGUGGAGGAACUUGAACAGAUGCUGAGACAUGCAAAGGAGGCAAAUGACAUGCAUGCAGGGGAAAUUUAUGGUGAGAAGGCAAUUCUGGCAACUGAAGUGAGGGAGUUGCAGGGUCGGCUACUCAGCUUGUCUGAUGAAAGGGAUAAAGCUCUUGCAAUACUUGAUGAGAUGAAUCAAACACUAGAGACUCGUCUUGCUGCUGCAGAGGAGCUAAGAAAAGCUGCUGAGAAACAGAAGCUGGAGAAGGAAGAAUCUGCAAAAAAAGCUCUUGCUGAACAAGAAGCCAUCAUGGACAAGGUGGUACAGGAGUCCAAGAUACUACAAAGACAGGCAGAGGAAAAUUCUAAGUUGAGGGAGUUUCUUGUGGAUCGCGGUCAUGUUGUUGACACAUUACAAGGAGAAAUAUCUGUUAUUUGUCAAGAUGUGAGACUGCUGAAAGAGAGAUUUGAUGAGAAUGUUCCACUGAGUAAAUCUAUUUCUUCUACCCAAACAAGUUGCAUCUUAGCCUCCUCCGGUUCAUCAUCAUCUCUAAAAAGCACAGGUUCCAUCUUAGGCUCAUCCAUUAGAAGCAGUGCAUCUGAUCUGGCUUCUGAGCCAAGGGAUACAUCUAAGAGCCCUAAAGAGAGAAGCCCUACAUCUUCUAUUCAUGAUCAGUCACCUAAAAGCCAACAUGAAGAAGACAAGAGGACUGAUCGGAAAGAGCUAUUGGACGAGGGAUGGGAUUUCUUUGAAGAACCAGAAAUGUAAGAGCCGCACCAGUCUGUAAAUGGUGGAUAAUUAUUUCUACAUGGAUUGCGUAUAGCUUUAUUGGGUUUUUAUUUCUUUCUUUCUUGUUUUAACAUAUUUAACAUUCCAUGCGAGUUUUGCAGAUUAAUGAAACUCUACAUAUAAUGUCUCUACUUUUAGAGUUUAUUUUUGAAUGACUGAUCAAAUAAUAAAUCUGUGAAUAAGUUCAUCUGGGUA